AUGCUUGGCACUGGUGAAAUCAUCAUCCACACGGGGACUUUGAGCAGUGAUUCGUGUGCUGACGAAGAGGAUGGAGAGCUAAUCGAGGGGGAAGAUGCCGACAACAAUACACAGGAGGAAGAAGAGCAAAAUGAGGAGGAUGACUAUGGUGAAGAGGAAGAUGGCGAAGAGGGUGAAGUGGAGGAUGAUGAGGAAAUGAGUCAACCGGGGGAUGGGAAUACCACUACUACUACCACUGCGGAAGCCAACAACAACAAUGCCAACAACAACAGCACUGCCAAAACUACUGGAAACAACAAUAUCAAGAAAAAGAAGCCUCAACAAGGACGGAACACCAAGAAACGUGUCGUCAAACGCAAGUCGGCUAUCCAGAAAAAGGGGCCACCGGGAAACCAAAAGGCCACCAACAACAACAAUAAUAACACUGCUGCCUCCAAUACGAAGAAACCCACAACCCGCAAAAAGCCACAGGGCAAAAAGGGAGGUCGAGUUGGCAACAACAAGAAUACGUAA